AUGAUCCUGCAACAUUCCGUUUUAGUGCUGACGGGACAGCGAUUAGCUGCAGGCGAAAGUGACGGUGUUGCUGGUCCCGCCCGUGAUGACACCCAGUCAAUAGCACAACAACGCCCCCUGAUCAAGCCAUCUGCUUGGGGGACGAAACCACGAAACGUUCAUGUGACUUCUCGCCCCGAACCAAAUCACCCAGAUCACUCGGCGGCAGCAGCUGUCCAGACAAAAUCCUCACCCAGACGCAAACCUCGCUUUAAUCCACCCCCAAUGUUUGACGAUCUAUUCUACUAUUAA